CAAACAACCCGGCACUAUAAACCAGAAAGGCGAUCUGUGAUUGCGACGGGAAAGAGACUGAAGUUUCUGGCGGUUCUCGGAGGAAUGUUAUAAAGGUAUAUUCGAAAAACGUAGAGGAAGAGGAAGGAGAAAAAAAAAAGCUUUAGGGAAACAAUGGUGUUAUGGGAGUUAGCUUUAGGAACAGCCUACUUCUUGGGACUCAGGCGGUCUUACCGGCUCGCAUUGAAGACCCAGCGUCGGAUUAUUAGCCCUAAUCAUCCAAGGAUCCGACAAUUUCUCCAUAGGAGGACGCAUCAAGUAUUUGAUAUGGCACUUAGGGUCCACAAGAACAUACAACAGAGAGACAUGGAGAUUGGUCGGAACCUUGGAAACUGGAUUCUUCGAGGGCUCGACCGGAUGAAGCCAUCAGCUCAGGUUCUACGCCCAAAACAAAUAGAGCCAAGCACAGCCAAGGCUGCGAAGAGGCUAUUAGAUUCAACACGUCUCAAACCACAUGCCAACACGAAGACUCCUCAGAGUAGUGAAGUGGGUAGGCACUUGUUCUUGUCCUUGAGGAACCUCAGGCCCAAGUUUUCACCGACAAUCUCGAUGAUGAUGAAGAUCAAGCCGCCAAGAGCCGUUGGAAGUACCACUCAGUACAGGCCUUUCAGUGAAUCCAGUCUUGUGAAACCAUUCUAUGCUAGAGGCGGGUUCGAUGGUGUUGUCAGGAAGGAUAUUUUGCAAUGGAUGGGGCAGAGAUGAAGAUCGCCACAAUUCACCAAAGCUGGUUCUCAUGUUACAAGUAGCUGGCGAAUACCACGAGCAAUAAAAGAGAACUGUUCUUCAUAUAUAGUCUUUUAAUAAGUGGUCUAAUCUCUUGGAGAAUACAUGACUUGUGUCUAGUUUUACGUGACCACGCAACCAGAAAUGUCAUGUUAAAGAUUCUAGGGGAUCAACAAAACAAAUGCAAGUUCAGUUUCUAGGGAU